GGGAGAUUCUGGAGUCAUGUUCGGGUGGUUCCCGCGGUCUUCAGAGGUCGCUCCCGCGCCCCGCCUCGCCUCACGGCGGCCGAUAUUGUUCUGCACUUUUUAGGUGGCACUUGGACUCUUGCUCCGGGAGGGGACCGGUCCGCAGUCUCCAGCCGCAGAUCCGUAGACCCUCUUCUCAGACGCUUCGCGCAGUCUCAGAGACGGGAUCAAGCAAUGGAGCGGCUGCCUAUGGUCUCCCCAGUAAGGGUGCCUGCACCCCCAGCCAGUAUGGCAGCCAACCCACUCCCACCGCCGGACCCCCAGUUUGUCCUCCGUGGUACCCAGUCGGCGGUGCAUGCGCUGCAUUUCUUCGGAGGAGCCCAAGGACAGGGGCGCCCACUCCUCCUCUCAGGGUCCCUGAGCGGGCUGGUGCACAUCUGGAGCCUGCAGACACGGAGGGCAGUUGCAACCCUGGAUGGCCACGGGGGCCAGUGUGUGACCUGGCUGCGGACACUGCCUCAAGGGCACCAGCUGCUCAGUCAGGGCCGGGACCUGAAGUUGCGCCUGUGGGACCUGGCAGAGGGCAGGAACGCCGUCGUGGACUCUGUGGCCCUGGAGAGCAUGGGCUUCUGCAGGAGCUCCGUCCUCGCUGGGGCUCAGGAGCGCUGGAUGCUGGCUGUGCCGGGGAGAGGUAGUGACGAGGUUCAGAUUCUGGAGAUGCCAUCUAAGACGUCAGUGUGCACCCUGAAGCCGGAGGCCGAUGCCAAGCCAGGCAUGCCCAUGUGCCUGGAGCUGUGGCAGGCCGACUCCAGUCCCCGCCCACUCCUCCUGGCCGGCUAUGAGGACGGAUCGGUGGCCCUGUGGGACGUCUCUGAGCGGAAGGUGUGCAGCCGCGUCGCCUGCCACACGGAGCCCGUCAUGGGCUUUGACUUUGACUCCCAGAAGGCCAGGGGCGUCUCGGGCUCCGCGGAGAAGGCGCUGGCUGUCUGGAGCCUGGAUGAGCAGCAGGCCCUGCAGGUGUGCAGAACUCAUGAACUUACGAAUCCUGGGAUCGCUGAUGUCAAGAUCCGGCCAGACCGCAAGAUCCUGGCCACUGCGGGCUGGGACCACCGGGUCCGAGUGUUUCACUGGCGGACGAUGAAGCCACUGGCCGUACUAUCCUUCCACAGUGCCACCGUCCACUGUGUGGCCUUUGCCGCAGAUGGCUUGCUGGCCGCAGGAUCUGGGGAUCAGCGGAUCAGCGUCUGGUCCCUCUACCCGACCCACAGUGACAUGUCUGCUCCCUUGUUGGGCCAUGCAGAGGGCAGGGAGGUGGGCGCCCAUGCUGUGGCCUGACCCAGGCAUGUGGAACCUCAGGACCCCUGCAACAGCCAGCCGCAGUUCCCCUCCUCCAGCUACAAGAGGUACUUGGUCUGUGGAGUCUUUGUUUUCCGCCCAAGGUGCGUGUUUCCUUUUGUGAAAUACAGCACCUGUACGACAGUGACUCUACAGCUUACAAGAGUAACUGGGCCAGACCCCUGGGCAGCUGUGGCCCAGGUGAGAGGCCAACCUGGGCCUGCUUUACAAUAAACCUCUAGAUGCAAA